UUCUUUAUUCUUUGUUUGGAUCCCCAUUAGCAGACACCUUGGCGACCGCGAGUCUUCAUGGGGUCUGAAAUGUAUAUCAACAGAGAAACUGAGAAGAGGCCCUGGGUUUGGAAAUGUUGAAGUCUGAAGAUUAGAGUGAAACCUUUUCAAAACAACAUCCAUCCAAGAGAGGAAACGAGAGUACAAGACAGAAAGAAAGAAAGGCAGAGGAGAAGGGAAAGGGAGAGAACAACUGAUGGGCUGCUAUGUGCUCUCUGACCGUCGGAUCUACUGACUGGGAGUACCCUCAUCAGUGACGGACUUGACUGGCCUGAACAAAGUGCAAUGAUACAGUUAAAAGUAUUCUUAGUGGAAUUCAUAGAUGACAUAUUCCCUUUCAGUGUAGUUACUCAUUCACUGUGAGUGAGGCUCAGACAGGAUAGCUGUAUGGUGGAGAAGAAGCAACCAGAUGGAUUUUAGAGUGAUGAGGUCCUGUGUGGCCUUGGUGCCUGUCCUUCUGCUCCUAUCCUCCCUGCAGCACACCAGUGAGGCUGGAAGGGUCCUAGUCUACCCUGUCGACGGCAGCCACUGGCUCAACAUGAGGAUACUGGUGGAGGCGCUUCACACCCAGGGUCACCAGGUGACCAUUCUGCGCUCCUCCACCAGCUGGUACGUGGCUGAACACUCCCCCCACUACACCUCCAUCACUGUGCCCCAGGCUCAGCCCCAGAACAUCGAGAGUCAGGAGUUCAUGGCCCACUUCCUGAAGAGGUCGCUGGAGAUCCAGCGGGGCAAGGGCUCACCCUGGGCCUUCCUGCAGUUCUGUGGGAACCUCUUCAGCAUGCUGAGGCAGAACCAGGAGAUGGUGGCCGAGCUGGUCGUCACCAUGUUUGAGAACCAGACUCUGAUGACAGAUCUGAAAGAGGCUGAGUAUGACCUGGUCCUGACUGACCCAGUGUUCCCUGCCGGGGUCCUGGUGGCCCACUACCUCCAGCUCCCCCUGGUUCUCAAUGUGCGCUGGCACCUCAGCGGGGAGGGACAUUUUGCCAUCGCUCCCUCGCCACUAUCCUACGUCCCUCAAAUAUUCUCCCGCAACUCUGACCUGAUGAACUUUGCACAGAGGCUGAGUAACAUAUUCUACCACUGUCUCAGCUACUACAUGUAUCGUUACGUCUCCAACCCGCCUUACCAGGCCGUGUGCGACCGCUACUUUGCCCCUGAUGAGGUGGACGUCAUAUCCCUUAUCCAGGGAGCUGAUCUGUGGCUGAUGAGGGUGGACUUCGUCUUUGAGUUCCCUAGACCCACCAUGCCGAACGUGGUCUACACUGGUGGGUUCCAGUGCAAACCCUCCAAGCCUUUACCUGCAGCUUUAGAGGAGUUUGUCCAGAGAUCUGGAGAACACGGGGUGGUGGUGAUGUCACUGGGGACUCUGUUGGGUGGACUGGGUCCAGAGAUGACAGAGGUCAUAGCCUCAGCCUUCGCCCGGCUGCCCCAGAAGGUGGUGUGGAGACACCUGGGAGAGAGGCCUUUGUCUCUAGGCAACAACACCCUGCUAGUGAAAUGGCUGCCUCAGAACGACCUCCUGGGUCACCCCAAAACCAAAGUGUUCGUCACACAUGGGGGCACCAACGGGAUCUAUGAGGCCAUCUAUCACGGAGUCCCAUUGUUGGGUAUCCCUCUCAUCUUUGACCAGUUUGAUAACAUGGUGCGCAUGAAGGCCAGAGGAGUGGCAGAGGUUAUAGAGGUUACAACGUUAGAGGUGGAAUCCUUAACACAGACUCUGAUGGGCAUUCUGGAUGAAGAGAAGCCCUACAGAGAGAAUAUGAAAAGACUAUCACGGUUGCACCACGACCGGCCUAUAGAACCUUUGGACAGCGCCAUCUUCUGGCUGGAGUUUGUUAUGCGACACAAGGGGGCAGCUCACCUACGUACAGAGUCCUAUAAGAUGCCAUGGUAUGUCUAUCAUAAUGUGGAUGUUCUUGCACUGCUGCUGGGCUCUGCUCUGCUUGUUUUGGUGUUGCUUGUGUUUUCCUGUAUGUGCUUGGUAAGAGGAUUACGAAAGAGGAGAAAGUCCAAGUUGGAGUGAUUAUGUUACUUAUGGCCUACUUACUUAGUUAUUACACAGCUUACAAUCCAAGCAUACAGUAGAUAGAUAUGGGGAAAGCAAUUGCAAUUGCAAUUGUAUUUUAUGUAGAGAACCUUCCUAAUAUAUCAAAGAUAUAGGUUAUAUAUAUUUAUUACAUGCACUUUUUGAAUCAAGGUUUUUUGGGGUUAUUAUGACGCAAUCCUGCAUUUGCCGUGUAUUUUCACUCAUGUUAUCAAUUUUAUAAUACACAGUGUAAAUGGUGACCAUUUUUUAUUUUGAAUAAAAUGAGAAUACGUUCAAAUGAUGCGGAAUAA